GUGUCACACUUUUUACUCUCUACUUCCGGCUUAUGACAUUUUAUAUCAGCUCAUCUUUGAACUCACAAGUAAUAAACUGGUGAUGAACUUUGCUGAAAGGCACAGGAAGGCAAACAACACGGAGCUCUAAUAUUUAUUUUUUUGUUUUUUUUCUGAAAACAUCAGCUCUUAGGUUAAUAAUGGAGCCAGCAGUGAGGAGUGAGGUCAUUCUCUCAGUUUACAUAAUUUCCUUCCUCAUAGGCCUGCCAUCCAACCUCCUGUCUCUGUACGCCUUCAGCGUUAAGAUCAACUCCAAGCCCCUGCCAACAGACAUCCUGCUUCUCAACCUGACUGUCUCUGACCUGCUCUUUCUGAUCAUCCUUCCUCUCAAGAUGUACGAGGCAGCGUCAGGCAUGGAAUGGCACUUGCCCAGCUUCCUGUGCUCCAUCACCUCCUUCACCUUCUUCUCCACAAUCUACACCAGCUCCUUGCUGCUGAUGGCGGUCAGUGUGGUCCGCUACAUCGGGGUAGCUUUCCCUGUCACUUAUCACCAGCUGCUCAAACCUGUGUAUGCAAUAGUUACCAGUGCUGUUAUUUGGUUGAUCUCAGCAGCACACUGCAGCAUCACUUUCAUUAUCCAGCACCACCCAUCCCUGUCCAGCAAAAACUCCAGUGUGUGCUAUGAGAACUUCACUGAGAAACAGCUGAAGGUCCUCCUCCCUGUUCGUUUAGAGUUUUUCUUCGUGCUGUGCCUCACACCUCUUCUGAUCUGUGUUUACUGCUACAUGCACUGCAUCUUGAUCUUGUACAGUCGCCCCAGGAUAUCCCGGAUGCAGAAACAGAAGGCCAUUGGUAUGGCCAUGGGGACUCUAGCUGUGUUUCUCAUUUGUGUGCUGCCAUACAAUUUCUCCCAUUUACUGGGUUACUUCAUGAAUGAGAGCCCAAAAUGGAGGUACUACACUUUGCUACUCAGCACCUUCAACACCUGUAUUGAUCCCAUUAUCUUCUACUAUUCCUCCUCCGCUUUCCACUGCAAUAGUAAAAAGUCAAUUUUCAGGAAGCACGUAGUCACUGUUCCAGGAUUACAAAAGCAGCCCACGAGCUCUGGCUAAGUGUAAAAUGCACUUUCUAUACAAAAUGUACAUAUAUAGCAUCAAUGUUAUUAUUGUAAUGUAUAUUAUAGGUAUUACUAUAACUUUUCUUUUUUCAUUAUUAUUUUUUUUGCACAGUCACUUGCACUAGAUGUGCUCACUUUAAUCCAGUGCUCAUUUUUAUUCACUGCUUAUUAUUAUCCACUUCUCAUCAUUAUUAUUAUUAUUUAUCGCCAUUAAUUGUAUUUUGGUCCUUUAUUUUGCAUGCCUAGUUUUUAGUUUUAAAUUUUUUGAGUUUAAAUUUUAAAAUUUUUAAUCUGACUCUCUCUCCUUGACUGCUGUAACACUGGAAUUUCUCAAUUGUGGGAUCAGUAAAGGUGUAUCUUAUCUUAUCUUAUCUUAUCUUAUUAUAUCAGAUAUAUUUGUAAUGCUGUACAGACUGAUCUAAUAGUUUAGUUCAUUUGUAAAAUAAUG